AUGCCUGCCCUGGUAGCUAAAGCUGACACCAGUACUUACCACUGUUCUUUAGCUCCAAACCCAUGCAAGCGCUAUAACACUCGAAACAACCCUAACACUGUACAGCCAAAGCCUGCACACUGGGAAUCAGAACAUAGUAAACCAAACUCCAAGAAACUUGCAGGAGCAAAUUUACUUUUAGCAAACAAAAAUUCAAAAGGCUCAUCGGUCAAGACACCUCCAGUGGUAGAACAGGAGGUGCAGGAAAGCAAGGCAAUUCAACUUGUGCCUGCCACUACCAUGGCUUCAACAGACUUAUUGAGUGACGUUGCCCCCAAUGAGUCCCUUCAUCUAGAUCGCCUUAGCUCCAAUUCAAGAUGUAGAAAGAGUCUUAAGAUACUUGACCAGGCCAACUCCAGGGAGCAGCUGCAAGGUUGGUAUUCUGAGUCAACUAAUACUACUGGGACACACACACUUACCAAACAUCACAGCAGUUUCCUGGUGUGGGAGUGCGGGAAUUCAAAUCAAUACAGCAAGCUGUGGGAGAAUUGGACUGAGCUUACUUAUGACUACAUCGCACAAAUCCUCACCAUCGAAAUGCCUAGCACCCUGCAUGAAGAGCCCUUCAACUAUCUCAAAGAAUGUAUGACUCUUGCAAUUGCUAGUCUUCCUUACAACCGCGAUGUGAUUCGUCCUCAAAUUCACAUGAAUUACCAGCUGCAGAUUGCGGGCCAGUUGGUGACCCCCGACAUGACGGUCGCCCUCACCUCCGUUGAUGGACCCACAGAAGUGGUCAUGAUCUCUGGAUUAGGGGAGUGUGCACUGUCAGAGGAUAAGGAGCAUGCUUUUGAUAAGAUGGAGGCUGAGAUUGAGUCGCAUCCUGAGACCAUCUUUGCUGUGAUCAUGGUGAUCCAUGAGGCAAUAACAUAUGCAUGCCCUCAACUCAACUCCACUGCAUCGACCACCCUUCACAAUGGUGACAAAGAACCUGACCCCCUCCCUCUCAAAUCCUUCAUUGAAUACUUCAUAUGGAUUAAGGGGAAAGACAGCCGUCCAAUCAACAUCCGUAGCAAUGACCCUUCGCAUAUGGCAUAUGGGGUUUUAGUGCCUGAGUCUAGCAUGGACGCAGUUACUGAUAUGCUCGAAAACAGGCUGAGGAAAAUGAGGGAUCGCAUGGUGGACUUUUCGAAAGAGAUCUCUCCUGGCUUGGACUGCUCCGAUCUUGUGGAAGCAGAUGUUGCUCUCCCCAUCCUCUGGCGCCUUGCCAUGAAAGGAAUAUUGAGUGCAGUGGAUGUCACUGCCCACCAGCAUUACCAGACCUGGCACGUGGCUACCUUCAGAGGCACCAAACACAAUCAUGACGACUCAUACUACCCCUCUGAGCUGGAGUCAGGGAAAGGGAGUUCACAGUCGGAAGAGCCAGAAGCUUCCCCUCUUGAACCCAGCGAAGGCAAGGUCAUUGUUCCCCUUCCCCAGCCAGGUCAAGAUAAGGACGUUGAUGCCUCUCUGAAGAAUACCAAAGGUGAGGGCGUUGAUUCCCUUCCCAAACCUACUCAAGACAAAAGCAGAAGCAAAGGGCUGAGCAAGCGCCUGAAAGCUUAG